AUGGCAGCAGAGCCCAAGGCGACGGACUCAGACAAAGCUGCGACGAGCGAGUCGUCGAUCUCCCCCAAAUUAGUCCUGGGCCGGGGCGGUGACCUCCGUGAGCUACGCGCCGCCGCCACAGCGCCGACGCGCUCCACCAACUCAAAAUUAUCACAACACGGGCCACACACAACAUCGUGUCCACGUGGGAUAUAUCAUCUAUGGCCCCGAAACAGACCAAUUCAUCAUGUACUUUAA